GUGCUGCGCCGACAAAGAAGAUGACCAGCGGCACCGUUGUUGGUGCGGGGAAGCUAAGCCAUCCACGCAUCAAGUACUCGCGUGCUAAGAAUCCGUAUGCUUCCACCGGAGGUAGUUUGGUUUCGUCAACGGUAACGUUACCGAUUUUGACCAUUCCGACGGUACCGCACGCUUCUUCCCUCCAGGGACAGGAAACCACGCCCACAACGGCAUCCACCAUUGCAGUAUCCGAUCGUCCUUUACUCAACUUCUCGCUGUCGCGUAAACUGAAUACGAGCCAGGCGCCCCAACAGCACGUAACGAUUACCGGUGGUGGCGCAUCAACAACCGGCUUAACCACCAUUAGUGCCAUACAGCAGCUGCCGGUUGUUUCGGCCAAUUUGACUACUCCCCGGACAGCAGUGGCAGGAGUGGGCGGUGGUGGUACUGUUGGUAAUAUUACGCGCUACACAGUUAAUGAAUAUGAAACGGCCGGAUCAAACACGUCCGUUCACAGUGCAGACUUUCCGACUGGUGUCAUUGACGAGCUCGAUUAUUCAGUGAUCGACGAUAUCGAUUUGUCGGACGAAGUGCAGACCAAUUACGGUCAUCUGAACGUAGUUGGUGGGCAGCAGCAACACCAACAACACCACCAGCAGCAGCAGCAACAACAACAACAACAGCAACAAUCGAUGCAGAAUCCACCGGCCCUGGUGCCCGUCUCUUCGAGUAAAGCCUCGUCGGACGUGGAAAACAAUGGAUCUCAGAGUGACGAGGAUGAGGAUGGUGAAAUGGAACACGAAGAUGACGGUAUGCUGAUAGAGGAAGAUGAUGAGCAUGAGCUGUCCAUACCGAGGACGCUGAAGUUACGGAAAUCGGAUACGGGCAGCGAUGGUGGAUCGGCAAACACCGGUGGUAGCACUGGCAAACUGCUUAAUGCUUCAAUGGUCGACAGCAAGUACGGAUUGCUGGCAAAUACUAACAUCAUGAAGAAUUUCGAGUACACGGUGAACGAAUCUUCGGUCGUUUCCUCGGUGGUAAGUGAUACGGAUGACGGGGACAGCAUGCGGCAGUACAUCUGCCGGCACUGUGGCAAACGGUAUCGCUGGAAAUCGACCUUGCGGCGUCACGAAAAUGUCGAGUGUGGUGGUAAGGAGGCUUCCCAUCAGUGUCCUUACUGUACCUACAAAGCUAAGCAGCGGGGCAAUUUAGGUGUGCACAUACGGAAGCACCACGCCGAGAUGCCACAGCUCGAGAGUCGUCGACGAUCGAACAAGUCGCGCGAUUCGAUCUAAGCUGGAACCAAACUUCUUAGUACCUUGCUUUUGAUAUUCGUUCAACCAUUGGUUUGAUGCGAAGUCAAGAUAGGAUAGGAUGGUCACUGCGCAAUAACGCCGCUCAACGACAGCCAUCAUCAUCUUUUCCCCAUGUGCUGGGACACUAAUCUUUCACAAAGCAGAGGGUAUUUGCAAAUAAUGUUUCAUUUCAAGCAAUGAAAUUAAUUGAUCUGGGGUUGCUGCUUUUCGAAAUUUAUUGUAUAUAGUUUCGAAGCGCAAUGGCCUGCUUAUAUUGUUUCCCAGUUUGUAUUCUCUUAGUGCUGUUUGUUUGUGUGCGUCUCAUCUGUCUGUUCUCAUUAAUUAUGUUUAAAGAGUGACAUCCACGUUCCAGCAUUCCGUCAUGCACGGAGCGCUUUUUGGAUGUUGUGUGGAAAACUCAAAGCAAGCGGUACGGGAUCUCAACAAUCUACAGAAGUCGAGCUUUCGGCUUGAAACUGAAAUUGGGAUUUGAGUUUGAAUGGAUCCUAUGGAUAGUGGUGCAUGAUGGAAUGCUCGAACGUGGAUGCCACCCUUAAAAUCGAGCUUUUAUGUCUGCCAAGCGGUGUUACUGUGAGGCGGUAAUCUUGCUUUUUUAACAUACUUUCAAUUUUAACUAUCCGAAGGAUAUUGCCAUUCAUUGAUUGCGUUUGUUCCAGAAGCAUAAAGAGCCAAAUUUUAGUAACUAUUCGUCUGUGUGUUUGCACUGGUCGAAUGGGGUGGACAAUGAGUUUUUUUUACUAGCUUAAACAAGUGGACGAAUGGUAGCUAGCAUUAUCUUUAAAAUCGUUUUCUCUGUGUAACUAGAGACUAAGAAUUAAAAGGAUUAAGUAUUUUACAAUAAUUCUAUCUAUUGCUAUGGAUUAGGCAUUGAGUGCUCUUGUGUGUAAGUUAAAAAGUGUUUGUGUUUGUCAGGUUCAUGCUGAUUUAUAACCAAAUCCAUCCCGUCUUUGGUGUCGUAGUGCUACGUACAGAAGAGUGCGCAUCUGCUUAUUUCUACUGCUUAUAGAUUGUUUAAACACAUUUUGCAAUCAUGUAUCUUACAUCUUAAAGCAUCUUAAAUGUUUUGGAUAGGUUUUAUCACACCUUAUGACGCAUUUAAAGUGAGCUGCUGUUUGAAUAUUCUACUUAUCGUUAUACGAUACAUAUUUUCCAGACGAAUCAAUAAUGUGCUUGAUUCGAGUUCGCUUCAUAAACAAUCCCGGGAAAUAUUAUUUUUAAUUGUUAAUUUUCAUUUUGAUUUGUGAGUAUGAAUCGGUAUUUUCUAGUACCCUUCAGUGAGGAUUCAUUGCUAUUUUAUGACAUUUAUUUCACAGUAAAAUGAAAUAUUGAAAUGACUGAAUCUAAAAGCGAUUUACUUUCUAUACCAACACAUUUUACAUCAAGUCAAGUCACACAUCGAAAACAACAAAACAUCACAAACGCAGGAGAAGAUAAUGGUUUCUAUCAGAAUUUAUGAUUUCUUAUUUGAAGCGAAUACUAUCAUUUCGUGGUGUUGCAUUGAAAGCAAAAUACAUGUAAAAUAAAAAACUAUACAGAAAAUGGGAAGAAAAAAAAAUCAACAUUCAACGGGAUAUGUAAUUUCAACAUCAAAUGAAAGGGACAGGCAAAUAGAUACUAUUAAGUAGUUUGGUAAAGUGUGGUGAAAAUGAAAUUAUUUGAUCAAAGAUGUGCGUCGCACGUUAUCGCUAUCUAGUUUUAUGAUUGAAUUCUCUUACAAGUCGUGAAAUCUAUGUUUAAAAGCGCACGUUUUCCUGUAUAGAGUAAAAUCGACAUAUUUUAUAUAAACGUAUAUAAAUAUAUAUAAAAUGUAUUCAUAAAAACAAAAAUGAACACACAAAAACAUUGAGCCAAAUAUCUGUGAAGAAUAUGAAAUACGAUGAAGGCUUUUACUGCGCGAGAUGCAACUGAGAUAGCAGUUUAGAAGUUGAAAACAAAAAACAGGCGAAUAUAUUUUAAAUCAAUAAUUGUUACAAAAACGGACCGGAUUGGUGACUGUAAAAUGUACAAUUAAUCUUUAGAAGGUAAACAAGAAAAAAAACCUUAAACAGAACUCGGUUAGUUUCACUGUAUGUGACAACAAACAGACAUCAAACCCCACAAAAAGCGCAUCUCACGACACACGAGUACAAGAACGAAUUGCAGAAUAGUGCAGAUUAUUGUAAAUCCUGUAGGAAAAUGUUUUCAUAAGUCAAAACAAACAUUUAAAAAACGAAAAACGAGUUACUAGAACAAACCAUGCAGUGCUAGUUGGUUUUUUUUAAUGUGUUUUAUUUGCUCAUAGCAAAUUAAAGUUGAAAGGUUACGUUGCGAAAUAUCACAUGUGUAUGUUGUGCGAUUGUUGAGAAGUCAGAAUGAAUGUUUUGUCGUGCCCGUGUGUGUAUGUGAUGUACGAGAGGAUGUAAAAUUCAUUUGAAGAUCGAAUAAUGUGACGAUAAUUUAUUCAGAUUUUUUUAUGAAUCUAUAAACUGUUUUUCAUGAGUUUUCUGUUCAAUCGAUUCUUUAUUAUUUUUGCAACGGCUCAUUCAUUCCCAUACCCCAGACAUUAUUCAUCU